AAACUCAAAAAAAAAAAAUAAAAAAAAAAUGAAGAAACUUCUCUUGAUCUUUCUCUCCUCUUUUCUCAUUCUCCAAACCGUUCGAGGAUUCGAUUACCAUGACAAGGAACUAGAAAGCGAAGAGAGCUUAUCAAAGCUCUACGAAAGAUGGAGGAGCCACCACUCUGUUCCUAGGAGCCUCCAUGAAAGGGAGAAGAGAUUCAACGUUUUCAGACACAAUGUGAUGCAUGUUCACAAAACCAACAAGAAGAACAAACCCUACAAGCUUAAGCUCAACAAGUUUGCAGACUUAACGGUUCAUGAGUUCAAGAAUGCCUACACCGGUUCUAAUAUUAAGCAUCACAGAAUGUUGCAAGGACUGAAACGUGGCUCGAAGCGGUUCAUGUAUGAGAAUUCAACCCGAGUUCCGUCCUCGGUUGACUGGAGAGAAAAAGGUGCUGUCACUGAAGUCAAGAAUCAAGGGCAGUGUGGAAGUUGCUGGGCAUUCUCUACAGUUGCAGCGGUUGAGGGAAUCAACAAGAUCAAAACGAACAAGCUAGUCUCACUGUCUGAACAAGAACUAGUAGAUUGUGAUACUUACCAGAACGAAGGUUGUAACGGAGGUCUCAUGGAGAUUGCAUUUGAAUUUAUCAAGAAAAACGGUGGAAUUACAACCGAGGAUAAUUAUCCUUACGAAGGUAUUGAUGGAAAAUGCGACGCUUCAAAGGACAAUGGCGAGGUUGUGACGAUCGAUGGGCACGAGAAUGUACCUGAAAACGACGAAGAUGCUCUUCUUAAGGCUGUUGCAAACCAACCUGUAUCUGUUGCAAUUGAUGCUGGAAGUUCAAAUUUCCAGUUUUAUUCAGAGGGAGUGUUUACGGGAUAUUGUGGAACAGAGCUGAACCAUGGUGUGGCAGUGGUUGGCUACGGAUCUGACUCAAAGGGAAGAAAGUAUUGGAUAGUGAGAAACUCAUGGGGUCCUGAAUGGGGAGAGGGAGGCUACAUAAAGCUCGAGAGAGGAAUUGAUGAUUCGGAAGGACGCUGUGGUAUUGCAAUGGAGGCAUCUUAUCCAGUUAAGCUCUCGUCUUCUAAUCCAUAUGCACCGGAAGAUGAUGACGUUAAAGAUGAGCUCUAAGUAUGUGUAGGCAUUGUGUAAAACCAUAUCAGUGGUGAUCCCAAUUCAUUAUCAAUUCAUGAUUGUUAGAUUUGUCUUCAUGAUUUGGUUCUGAUGUUGGUUUUGAAUUUCAAUAAAUAUGGCUUUCUUUUUUUCUCAAU